UUUAAUGCUUCGUAAGAAUAGUUCCACCAGAGAAACGUCAUUAGUCAGCUCACUUGAACAAAAAUCAUUUCUAAAUCUAGCAGGAAGACUCAAUAGUCCAGAGUUCCAAGCCAAAACCACUUUUGGAUUAAAGAAUAAGGAAAAUAAGGAAAACACUACAGCCCGAAUGUUUUCAUUAACUCCAACUCAAGAGAAUCUCUUUUCGAGACCUGCAAUCAAAAAUGAUAAUAAUAAUCAAAAUAAUUCAAAAAGAGAACCAACGUCUAAGAACUACAUGUACUUAAACAUGGAGGAGUAAAACCAAAGAGUAUUCACAAAAAGUACAUAGUUGUUUUCUAAAACUCCCAUCUAUAAUUAACCAAUACCAACCGAACGAUUCGACAAUGCCUAAACAGUUACGAGCUCUUUGAAUUUUACAAAAAAACCAUUGUUCAACUCCUCCAAUGAAUUACCUGCUAUAUCUAUUCAAAGUCCAAAGGAACUAGAUUUCAACUCAUGCAAAAAAUAGCAAAGCAGCAUUCCAACCUCUUAUUUGGACAAUGCAAUUACAUAACGAAACAAUAAGGCCUAGGAUCAAAAAGAGAAUGUAACUACCAGAGUUUCUAUGGAUAAUAAUACAAACAAUCUGCCUAAAAUAUAUUACAUUUCCUCUAUUAUCAAAGCAUUUAAACAAAAGGGGUCCAAUCCUGCCAAAGAACAUCUCAUUCACAAUAUGCAAGUAUUGUAUCAUUAUUUAAGCUAAGGGUAUCAUUAUUGGGAAGAAAAUUAAAGCUCCCCCCGUGAAGUAGAGUAUAAUUCUGCCGUCUGUCAAUAAGAAAACCUUACUAUUUGAUCUAGAUGAAACUCUUGUGCAUUGUAAUUCUAGUAUUUCAGUUCCUGGAGAUAUAUUAUUAAAUAUUAAUCAUGACGGUGAAACUAUGGAAGUAUCAAGUUCCUUAUUUUUUAGGCUUCCUUAAAUGUCAGACCAUAUACUUCUCAUUUAUUAUAAUAAUUAAGUAGGCAUUUUGAAUUGAUAGUAUUUACUGCCUCGCAAUCUUAUUAUGCGAAUGCAGUUAUUGAUUACUUGGAUCCUGAUAAAAAAUUAAUAUCCCAUAGAUUUUAUAGAGAGCAUUGUAUUCCAACUGAGGAUGGACAUUUUAUCAAAGAUCUACGCAUUUUUAAAACAAGAUAAUUAAGCGACAUGCUGUUAAUCGAUAAUGCACCUCAUUCCUAUUUGUAUUAAUUAUAAAAUGGAGUGCCCAUUAUUCCAUAUAUUGAUAAUAAAUAGGACGAAGUAUAUAUCUAUUUAAAUGUAGGAAUUGAAAUCUUUACUAUAAUACUUGAUGCAAUUCAAAAAUGUCAAAGAUGUUAGAGAAUUGAAUAUGCAAUACUUGAAAAUUCAACGCUUUUCAGAAUACGAUGAUCCAUAAAAGCUAUUGAAAUAUGAAUUUGCUGAUUACCUAGAAUAAGCUGUUAUAUGA